AUGCUGAAUCGAAAUCGGAUUCGGAUUCAGGGGUCAAGGUCGAGCCGUUGGUCCACCCGAAUGUUCCCGUUUCCACUUUCACACUCGACGGGUCACUCGUUGAUCCAACCGGGAGAGAAGUUAGAACACGGAACGAUUCAUGUUGAGGUUGCCGGUGGAGGUGAGGAAACAGAUAAUGAACCCGAAAUUGAACCAGGCCACGAGUAUGGUGCUCUUGCCGAGGGAAGGGAGUUCGAGGCGGGAUACAGAGCAGGCGGGGAAGGGAGUAGCAGAGGAAAGAGUCACAAGAGGAUGGAGAAACCGGACCAGAUGAGUAAAUCGGAGCAGUGGGCAUUUUUUACAAGAGCAUGGUCGAUGAAGUCACCGAAGGUGGCAGCUAAUAAUGAUGGAGAGGGCACCUCAUCUCAACCGGCAGGUGAGGGAACAACAAGUGACUCGUCGUCAUCGAGGUCAAGGGCAAGGGUGUUUCGUUCUGCAACUGAUUUGUAA